CGCACUCUGCUUUGUUGGUUGCGUCGCGUCCAUGGCCUCUCCUCUGCAUCCGCCCUUCGAUCUCACCGAGGCCGAGGGAGAAGACGACUAGGAGUCCACUGUUCUAGAGAAGAAAGCGGAGGGGAGAAGAAUCCAGGAGAGCAGAGCAGCAACAGCUGCUCCUGCUGCUGCGGUUGGUGGAUCGAAUCGAUCGCCGCUUGAUGCUGCCCCCGUGCUACUGAGGAGAGAAGGGAAGGGAUCUGAGGGAGGAGGAGGAUGUCGUCGUCCUCGUCGGUGGUGUACGAGGGGUGGAUGGUCCGUUACGGUCGGCGCAAGAUCGGCCGAUCCUUCGUCCACACCCGCUACUUCGUGCUGGAGCCGCGGAUGCUGUCCUACUACAAGCGCAAGCCGCAGCACAAAGCUGACAAGGUCGGGGGGAAGCUCCCCAUCAAGUCCCUCCCCAUCGACGGCAACUGCAGGGUCGAGGACAGGGGGCUCAAGAUGCACCACGGACAUAUGCUUUACGUUUUGUGCGUUUACAACAAAAGGGAGAAGCACAACCGCAUCACGAUGGCGGCAUUCAACAUACAGGAGGCUCUAAUUUGGAAGGAGAAAAUUGAGAUGGUCAUUGAUCAGCAACAAGGAGCAGCACAGAGUGAUGGCAACAGGGCUUUUAGCUCAUCGCAGCAAAAGGCUAGCUUAGAAAAUGGAAGGAAGUCUUCUUCCUCUGACCACGAAAGUCAGUACAGUCAUGAAGAGGAAGAGGAGGAGGAGGAGGAGAAUCAGCGAUCAUUGCUAAGGAGAACAACAAUUGGGAAUGGCCCUCCAGAAUCAUUGUAUGAUUGGACCCGUGAAAAUGAUUUGGGAAUAUCUAAUCAGGGAAGCCCUGACCAAGUUUUCUCUAGAGGACACUGGCGCCUUGUCAGAUGCCAGAAUGGCCUCCGCAUUUUUGAGGAGCUCCAAGAUGUUGAUUACCUUGCACGAAGCUGUAGCAGGGCAAUGAAGGCUGUUGGUGUGGUUGAAGCCUCCUGCGAGGCUAUAUUUCAGCUUGUCAUGAGCAUGGAUACUACACGUUUUGAGUGGGACUGCAGCUUCCAGUAUGGUAGUCUAGUAGAGGAGGUUGAUGGCCACACUGCAAUACUAUACCAUAGGCUACAACUGGAUUGGUUCCCAAUGUUUGUUUGGCCUCGCGAUCUUUGUUAUGUGCGCUAUUGGCGGCGUAAUGAUGAUGGAAGCUAUGUUGUGCUGUUUCAAUCCAGAGAGCACCCAAACUGUGGUCCACAACCAGGAUUUGUAAGGGCAGAUAUUGAGAGUGGUGGCUUCAACAUUUCUCCACUGAAAUCCCGUAAUGGAAGAACCCGAACACAAGUGCAGCAUCUUAUGCAGAUAGAUUUGAAGGGCUGGGGGGUUGGUUAUGUACCUUCGUUUCAGCAGCAUUGCCUCCUUCAUAUGCUGAACAGUGUUGCUGGGCUCAGGGAAUGGUUUUCACAAAGUGAUGAGAGUCAAGUGCUUCCUAGGAUUCCUGUUAUGGUCAACAUGACUCCAUCUGUUUCUUCAAAGAAAGGCAAAAAAGCACAAGAGAAUACUACGCAAACCAGCCUACCGAUGGAUCCAAGCAGACAUUCUACAGUUCUUGAGGAGGAGUCUGAUGAAGAUGACGAAUUUCUGAUACCUGAAUCUGAACAAGAGCCAUCAACUCGUGAGAAUGCUGCAGAUGUUAGACAGCCAGAGCCAGGGCGGGAUGAGGAGGAUUCAGAUCAGAUUGAUUUAUCUGGGUUUUCUGGGAAUUUACGUCGGGAUGACCGUGAUAACAGUCGUGACUGCUGGAGAAUAUCCGAUGGGAACAACUUCAGAGUUCGAAGCAAGAAUUUUGUAUAUGACAAAAGCAAGGUUCCGGCAGGAAAGCCUCUUAUGGAGCUUGUUGCUGUUGACUGGUUUAAAGAUACAAAGCGAAUGGACCAUGUUGCUAGAAGAAAAGGCUGUGUGGUUCAAGUAGCGGCUGAGAAGGGGCUGUUUGCAUUGGCUAUAAAUCUACAAGUUCCUGGCACAACAAACUAUAGUAUGGUUUUCUACUUUGUUACGAAGAAACUGAUACCAAAUUCCUUAUUGCAACGGUUUGUUGAUGGCGAUGACGAAUUUCGGAAUAGUAGGUUUAAGCUGAUACCAUCAGUACCUAAGGGCUCAUGGAUUGUCCGCCAAAGUGUUGGCAGCACACCUUGUCUAUUAGGCAAGGCAGUUGACAUUACCUAUAUCCGCGGAGCAAAUUACUUAGAAAUAGAUGUGGACAUUGGCUCGUCUACAGUGGCGAAUGGAGUCUUGGGGCUUGUAUGUGGUGUGAUAACGACGCUAGUUGUGGACAUGGCUUUCCUUGUCCAGGGUAAUACAUACGAGGAGCUCCCAGAACGGUUGAUUGGGGCAGUUCGCAUGUCGCAUAUUGAAUUGUCAUCUGCAGUAGUUCCGGUGCUUGAGGAUUAACCAAAGCUCGUACUGCAUUGGGCUGCCGCUAUGAAGCGGCUUUGCUUGAAUCUCUGACAGACGUAUACAGCAUACUAGGAAACAUAGAUAAAGGUGGCUCCAGGGGCCGGUCCUCAUGCAACCUUCCUCGUCCUGUGAGUGAGUUAAUAAACUGAGGAUGUUUCAUGCAUGUACUAUGUAUUGUAUUGCACAUUUAGGCAUUGCAAACCUGACGUGAAUUGUGUAGGUAUUAUAAUGGGUUGUGUUGGAGAUAUAAAAGAGAGAGAGAUUAGAGUUAGGAAUAGAAGCAGGGAGGGGCUAAGUCAGGUUUGAAUAAACGGGGGGCACAUUCAGAGUUGCUUGGGACUAGUAGUAGGAAAAGAAUUGAGAUGGCAAUGGAUAUACUUAUCGAAAUCGUAACUUGAGACACCACACCAUUCUCCAUUACUUGUAUUGUUCUUGUGUGUAAUUCUGUAACGUAAUCAUAAAAGCAUAUGGUAUGUACGUGUACUGCUGUAAUGUACUCGUACCACGUACCAGUCGUAUGUAUGUAGACUAUUAACGUACUCCCUCUUCUUUUGGUGAGGGUCGUUAAGAUCAUGUACUCAAA